ACUAAAGUAGAGACACAGGCGAGAUUUCAUCGAGCCAGUUGCUCUCCACAGGCCCAACAUUUGAGCCCGUCACACAGGAUGAGCGCGGACACAACGCCGGAUGUGAAGAAAGCGACGACACCGAGCAGCCAGGUGCUUACGUCCGUUUAUUAAUCUCAUUCAUUCAGCCAUUUCUCAGCGAGUGCUACGGGCCACCAGCGAGGCUUCAGACCACAGCCCGAAAGACCCUCGGAUUUUCUGCUAAAUAUGAAAUCCAAGAGCCGACAGUAGCGGAGGCUGAGGAGGAACCGGAUUCACGGGACGCAUGAAUUAAACAAUCGGCAACACCUCACGCCCCCCUCCUCCCCUUCAUGUGCUCCAACGGCGUGCGGAGGAGAGAGCGAUCCGAGCCCGCAGCCGAUGCCCGGAGGAAACAGCAGCCUGUGUGCAGGCAGCUGUGGACGACAGGAAGGUGGUACCCAAGCGUCGCCGUUUAUUAUCUGGGAUCUGACUCCGGAGGCGCGUCGCUGAGGUAUGGGCUGCGCUCCCAGUAUCCACGUCUCUCAGAGCGGGGUGAUCUACUGCCGGGACUCAGACGAAUCCAACUCCCCCCACCAGACCACCACCAUCUCCCAGGGCACCGCGGCCACGCUGCACGGGCUCUUCAUCAAGACCGAUGCGGCCGAGACCAUCCCCUCCGUCAUCACCUACCAGAACCGCCACUCGCGCAACAACUCGUACCGGGACCGCAAGGAGAACAGCGGCGGCCACAACCGCAUCGAGGCCGAGACGCAGACCAGCCACACCAGCGUCAAGGUUUCGGCUACAGAAGAAUGUGUGGGACCUAUGAGACUGACUCAAGAGCCAAUUCAGGUCCUGCUGGUGUUUGCCAAGGAGGACAGCCAAAGCGAUGCCUUCUGGUGGGCCUGCGACCGCGCCGGGUUCAGGUGUAACAUCGCGCGGACGCCUGAGUCUGCCGUCGAGUGUUUCCUGGACAAGCACCAUGAGAUUAUAGUCAUUGACGGACGCCACUCGCGCUACUUUGAGCCUGAAGCUGUAUGCCGGUUGAUCCGCGCCACAAAGCCCUCUGAAAACACGGUCAUUCUUGCCGUCCUGCCACAAAAGCCAGCUGACCAGGAUGAGCCAUCUGUUCUUCCUCUCCUCUGUGCUGGAUUUAGCCGAAGGUUUGUGGAGAACAGCAGCGUGUCAGCCUGCUACAACGAGCUCGUACAGAUCGAACACGGAGAGGUGCGCUGCCAGUUCAAACUCAGGGCCUGUAACUCCAUCUUCACGGCUUUGGAGCACUGCCAGGAGGCAGUGGAGAUCACCAGUGAGGACCACAUAAUACAGUAUGUGAACCCGGCGUUUGAGCGGAUGAUGGGCUACCACAAGGGGGAGCUGAUCGGCAAGGAGCUGACCGAACUCCCCAAGAGCGACAAGAACAGAGCUGACCUGCUGGACACCAUCAACACCUGUAUCAAAAAAGGAAAGGAGUGGCAGGGCAUUUACUACGCCAGGAAGAAGUCGGGCGACAGCAUACAACAGCAAGUGAAGAUCACACCUGUCAUUGGCCAAGGAGGGAAGAUCCGCCAUUUUGUAGCCAUCAAAAGACCUCAUGUUGACAACAAUAAUCAGGUGCACAAGUGCAACAAGGAGGAGAGGUGCAGUGGGGAGCAGUCAGAGUGCCACUCUCUACGUCACCGGGACAGGAGGAAAGACUCGAUGGACGCCCGGUCGCUCAGCUCUCGUGGCAGUGACGCUCCCAGCUUACAGAAUCGAAGAUAUUCCUCCGUCGCCAGGAUUCACUCCAUGACUAUCGAGGCUCCCAUCACCAAGGUAAUAAACAUCAUCAACGCAGCCCAGGAGAGCAGUCCGGUGACGGUAGCCGAGGCCCUGGAUCGCGUGCUGGAGAUCCUGAGAACCACCGAGCUCUACUCCCCCCAGCUCGCCUCCAAAGAAGAUGACCCCCACACUAACGACCUGGUCGGGGGGCUCAUGAGCGAUGGACUGCGGAGACUCUCCGGAAAUGAAUAUGUCUUCUGCAAAAAUAUGAGUCAGAGCCAGCUGGCUAUCCCAGUCACUCUGAGUGACGUCCCUCCAUCCAUCGCUGAGAUGCUGAAUGAUGAGGAGUGCUGGGAGUUCAACAUCCUGGAGCUGGAGGCAGCAACACACAAGAGACCGCUGACUUACCUCGGACUGAAGAUCUUCGCGAGCUUCGGAGUGUGCGAGUUCCUGAACUGCUCGGAGGCUACGCUGCGUUCCUGGCUGCAGCUCAUGGAGGGCAGCUACCACUCCUCCAACUCCUACCACAACUCCACGCACGCCGCAGACGUGCUGCACGCCACUGCCUACUUCCUGCGCAAAGAGAGAGUGAAGAGCAGUCUGGACCAGCUGGAUGAGGUGGCGGCGCUGAUAGCAGCCACAGUGCACGACGUGGACCACCCGGGCAGGACCAACUCCUUCUUGUGCAACGCUGGCAGCGAACUGGCGAUCCUCUACAACGACACAGCCGUGCUGGAGAGCCACCACGCCGCCCUCGCCUUCCAGCUCACCAUCCGGGACAGCAAGAGCAACAUCUUCAAGAACACAGACAGGAAUCAGUUCCGAACGCUGCGCCAGGCCAUUAUCGACAUGGUGCUGGCCACGGAGAUGACCAGACACUUUGAGCACGUCAGCAAGUUUGUGAACAGCAUCAACAAGCCAAUGGCUGCCAUCGAAGAGACCAGCGCUGGCAGCAUCAACAGCGACUGCGACGGUCAGGCCAGCAUCAGGAACUCUCCGGAGAACCGUCUGCUGAUAAAGAGGAUGUUGAUCAAGUGCGCAGAUGUGGCGAACCCCUGCAGACCGCUCGAGCUCUGCAUCGAGUGGGCCGGACGGAUCUCCGAGGAGUACUUCGCACAGACGGAUGAAGAGAAAAGACAAGGGCUGCCGGUGGUGAUGCCAGUGUUCGACAGGAACACCUGCAGCGUUCCCAAAUCUCAGAUCUCCUUCAUAGACUACUUCAUCACUGACAUGUUUGACGCCUGGGAUGCCUUCGCCAGCCUGCCUGGUCUCAUGGAGCACCUGUCGGAGAAUUACAAGUACUGGAAGUCCCUGGACGAGAUGAAGUGUAAGAGCCUGCGUCCUUCUCCUCCUUCUUGACCCGUUCCUUGUCGCCUCCUCUCAUCCAUCAGUCCGAGCAGGGCAGGAGGGCGGAUGCAGCCCUGCGGUGGAACAGUUAGUCUCUUCGGCUGUGAUUGGACGGAGCUCUGCGGCCUCCCAGGCGAGCUCGGACUCGGCCCGAUGCUGGGCGACGGGAGAGCAGACCUCGCUGCCUGACGGAUGCCGAGACGCUGGUUUCAGUCUCAAAUCACAGCCUCUUUUCUUGCGCGGUUCUCGUGGAGGUGGUGUUCUGCCGGUGGAGAACAGGUUGUCAUUUGAGGGCCCCGUCGACUCUCCGUUGCCACCUUAUGACCCUGUUAACUUCUCCUAACAGCACCUGUGUGGACCUCACGGCCCACCUGACAAUCUGUACCAUACAGUGCAACUCACUAGAAACCUGCACUUUAGCUCACUGAGACAUUUUGAACUCCCGCUUGCUAUUUUUGCUUUUUCUUUCAGCAAAUCUUUUCAUUCUGCAUCCGUCUGUUGCUGUAAAAGAGACGAACAAGAUGGUGGCCAAAGCUAGAAGCACUGACAUCACCGACUUCUGGAGGUGCUCGGCUGGGAUUAAACAUUCUCAUGAAGCUGUGAUGCAGUCUGCAGUAUCAGAGACACUCUGGGACCAAGUACUUAGCAGUCCACGUCCCUGCUGGGCCCCCUGAACAGAGAGAUUUCAGAAGGCGGAGCUCCAAGUUCCACAAUCCAAUCAAGAGGAGAACGAGCCAGCGCACAAAAAGUUUAGCCACGUAUACGACGACCAUGAAGGCCUGCGUCUGUGAUGAUCGGUGGGUUUUAAAGAUCAUGUAGCUGGCGGUGAAAAAUCUACCGCUGUGGUAACUUCCUCUACGUCAUCGUCGUCCUUUGUGCGCCGUGAAAGCAGUCAAACCUGAGCGUCAGAACGAGGUGGAGGAGCAGAAUUGCUGUGGAACAAUAUGAACACAUCAGAUGUUACACUCAUAGCUUUGUGACACCAACUGUAGACGUUUAAUACCCAAAUAACAGGAAACAGAUCUGACUUGCUGGUGUCUGAACAGGAAGCAGAAGCUGUCCAUGCAGUAGCGAGGAGCCGUGCUGGACCUCACGUGGUUUUUGUUAAACCAGUUUUCACCCUGCAGCUCACCUUACAGUCAGUUGGCUUCCUUUUGUAAGAAAUCAAGCUGCACAUGAUUUUCAGAGUAUUUUGGAAAAGGCCUUCAGUUGAGAUUUGUAUGGUGUGUCUGCCCUCUGGUGGCUACAUGGGAGCACUGCAGUAGUGCCACUUGAACGGUAGAUCAGUAACGGUUCAUUUGUCUGAUCAGAUCCACAGGAAAUUGGUUAUUACCCUGCUGUGAUUGGGAGAAGCGCGAUGAUUUGUCAAAGUGAGAAAAACUAUCAGCUUUAAUAUUUGAGAAUUGAAUGCAUCUUUCAGAGCGCUUUUCUUUGAUUUUAACCGAUACCAGUGUUAGACAGCCAUUUCUAUCAGCACGCUUAUAUUUUAUAGAGAAAAAUGGAUUAAAAAUGGUGAUUAUUAGUUCCAGGCUGCAGAGCCAUCCAUAAACUACCUGAGCUGCUUUGGUGAAUAAUUUCACCAUCAUGUAAUCGUCCUGUCUGAGUGACGUUCAAGAGUGAAGCAGGAGGACGUGCUGUGUGUGUGUGUGUGUGUGUGUGUGUGUGUGUGUGUGUGUUAAUCCAGGAAACGCACAUUAGUGUGAACCAAAGGCACAGAGAGCUCUUUACAGGUGCCUUAUUCUUUGGUCAUCUUUACAAGAGAAACAAGUCGUGUUUGGUUGAAAUCCUCCUCUAAAACAACACCAGAGAAGCCAUACGUGUUUUGGACUUUUAAAGACUUGCUGUGUGGUCUGUGCUGCAGGUUUCAGUUCACUUGCUGAGUCAGCGUUAGCAGUUCUGUACGUUUUAUCCUCUCCGUUUUGUACAAAGACAGAGACUGAAUCAGGUGAAGUUGGAUCAGAUGUGAAGUCCACUUUGGGUUUGUUAUCAGUCACGUCCAUGUAUUGAUUAUGUGAUCAUGUAGUCGUUUUACUGAUGACCAAGGUCUUAAUUAACGCCUUAAUCUCGUCACGUCUCAGUGUCUGGCUCUGCUAUUGUUGCAAUACACUGUAAACUACCUAAUGUACCUGCCGUUCUUGUAAAUACUCACCAAAUUUAUCAUGUUUGCUUUGCAUUUUACAUAAUGUGCUUAUGUAACUUUUGUUUUGGCUGUUGCUGUGUGGUUGAAGUGGUGGCUCCCAAUCAACAUCUUUAAAGCAAUUUUUUUUCCUCCUCCACAGCAACUUGAAACGCGGCUCCACCUCUGAAUGUGAUUUUAUUUUAUUUUUUUUGCUUGACGAUAAUCAUAGAUUUCUAUUCACAGAGACAAUUUACAGAUCCACAUGCCUUUCCUUCUUUCUGUGAGCAGCAAUGACCGGAAUGUGAUGAUUUCAAUUAGAUGACACGCCUCGAGCCUACUGAGGCAGGACCAGAUUGUAUAACUGCUUGUUAUGUAACGAUGAGCCUUCAUCACUCGCAGCGAUUCCUCCUUCCUCUCGCUUUCAUCUCUUCGACACUGAAGGCCGUGGCCGCGGACAAACGUGCCAAUCCUGUGUUGUUUUGUAUCAUUUCUAAGCAGAACAAUGAUUAGAAAGUGAAAUUGUAUACAGAGGAAACUAUUUUUCAGAGAAAAACAAGUCAUUAUCGGCCGCCAGAACUGUAAUGUGUGUUUUACCGCCUCAUGCGUCGUAGUGAAAAGCUUUCCAUCAGUCACUUAGAAUAUUUAUGUUUGAAAAGUUUAAUUUAGUUUGCUCUCUGAAUUAUGAUGUCUUAUUUUAACGUUCUCUGUCAAACACUGAAAUGUAUUGUGAGACAAUUAAAGCAUUCUUUAAGUAUGACAUCUUUAC